AUGGCUCUCAUACCUUCUUUCUUUCUCUUCCUCUCCUCCUCUUUAACCCUUGUAUUCUUCACGGGAGCGGGAGCACAAGGGAGAGCUCCUCAUGGCCUUGUUCAUGAGAACCCCGUGGCUUUCUCACCAUCUGCAGUUGAAUUCUUCCAUCCCAAAACACAGGAACCGAAUGUCAAGAGCCCAUGUGCUCCUUCAUUUAGUUGCUCACCAUUGCCUCUUGCAGCUCAAUUAGAGGCUACUGAUCAAGCACAAGAAAGUGAAAUAUCAACAUCCCAGAAAGGAGGGAAUCGACUGAGAGCUGGUGGAAUUGCUGGCAUUGUACUUGGUGUGGCAUUUGCAGUGCUUUUGACAAUGGGUGUCUACCAUGUAAUGGUCACACGCAAAGCCAACUUAAAUCGAGCCAAUUCUGUUCAAACUAAUGCUUGA